UUAUCGAUUGUAAGUAUGCAUGUGUCUAGAUCAAAUUCCACAUGCUUGACGGUAGAUAGGUAUAUGAAAAUGGCGCUUGUACAUCGAGUUAAUAUAAAUUUUGGAUUUAUAUUAAAUACACUUUAUUGUAAAUGUAUAGUAAACAUAAAAAGAUGUAAAACAGAAUAUAAAACUAAAAAACAAGCAGAUUUUAAAUAUGGUGAAAAUUUAACAUUUAAAGAAAUGCUUAAUUUUAGACAAAUGCAAGCAAGAAAAUCUAUUUUAGUAAGGGUAGCAGAAAAUAAUAUUGAUGAUUUGAAAAAUUUUUGUACAAGAUAUGUGAAUAUUAAUAAAAUGUUCUGUUAUAAUACAGUAAAUAAUAAAUGUUUUGUAUUAAUAGAAUUAAUAGGAGAGCAAGAUGUGAAAAUUUUUAGAAACUUAGCUUCAUUUAAUAAAUUAAAUUCAAAUCCCCAUUGUGUUACACCAUUAUUUGUGUAUAAAAGUAAAAAUUUAAAUAAUGAAUCAAAAAAUUCAACAAUAUUUAAACCUUUUAAUUCCAUUGAAGUCAGAGAAAUAUUAGAAAAUAAAAACUCUAUAUCGGAACAAAUGAUUUCUCUUUAUGACAUGUUAAAAAUUACAGAUUUAGAUAUAAGGUUGAGAUUUUUUACUGCUGAACAAAUUUCUUAUUAUUUAUCUAGAUUAUUUAUCAAUAUAUCUGUUAUACCAUUUGGAUCUUCUGUUAAUGGUUUUGGUCAAAUAGGAUGUGAUCUUGAUUUAUUAUGUAAAGCAUACAUAUCUAACUUUACAAAUAAUUCUUCAAAAAAAUUUUUAUACAUGGCACAACCUCUCUAUCUUACAGAUAGGAAUGAACAGAAACAAUUCUUAGAUGCAAUAGGCACAAUAAUGAAAACUUGUGUUCCUGGUAUCAACAAUAUGAAAAAAAUUCUUGAAGCACGAGUUCCUAUAAUUAAAUUUUUUAAUCAAAAUACAAAUAUGCAGUGUGAUCUCAGUGGUACAAAUAUGACUGCAUUACAUAUGUCUGAAUUGUUAUAUACAUAUGGAGAAAUGGAUUGGCGUGUUAAACCACUUAUUUGCACUAUUCGUAAAUGGGCAAGAAAUAUGGAUGUAACAAAGAAUAUUUCAGGGCAUUGGAUCACGAAUUUUUCCCUUACUUUGUUAAUUUUAUUUUAUUUACAAAUAAAAAAUAUAUUACCUUCUUUAAAUACAAUAAAAAAUCACAUAAAUAAAUCAAAAAAUUGGCAUUAUGAUUGGAAAAAUUCUAUAAAUUAUAAUAAUGACUCUUUAUAUAAUCUCUUAUAUGGAUUUUUUGAAUAUUAUAGUAUUUUUGAUUUUAAAAUGCAAGCAAUUUGCAUAAAGGAAGGAAAAGUCAAAAUGAAACGAGAUUCAUCACCGCUUUAUAUUUAUAAUCCAUUUGAGUCAUCAUUAAAUGUUAGUAAAAAUAUUACGAUAUUUGAAUUAACGCGUUUGAUAGAUCACUUUCGAAAAGCAUUGCAAAUAUUAAUAGAUUCAAAUGAUAAAAAUACUCUUAUAGAAUUAAUUAAUUUGACAUCAUCGACAAAGAUAAACCAUAUAUACAAUUCUGAAAUUGUAAAAACAACUGAAAUUGAUAAUAUUAAUAUUGAUGAAAAAAAUAAUGAUAAAUUUAAUGAAAAAGAAUCUUUAAACGAAUCUAUAAAUAAAAUCGACAUUAAUGUUUUAAAUACAAUGGAAAAAAAUAUAAUAAAGUAAUAAUAAAUA